UAUUAAGUAAAUGAAGUUGUCAUGAAUACUCAAUAAAAAAAGGUUUAAAUUCUUUCUCUAAAAUUGAUACGUUUUAAUCAUAAAGGGAAGUUGAUUAAUAUCUUUGCUAUUUUAUACCUCACACUUUGUCAGGAACUAAGAUAAAAUAAGAAAGUAGUUAGAUGCCAUUAAGAUGGAAGACAGAGACCUUGAAAGAAGUGACUUUUUUAUUCCGUGCUGGAUACUUAUUAAAUUAAUAAAUUGAUGGACUAAGAUUUUGGUGGAUCGGACUGUUGCUCAUUUAGUAAUUUGAGGCAGUAAUAAAAUGGAUGUGAAAUUAUUGAAAGCCCCGAGGGGGGGCAAUGAACGCGCAUGCGCAGUAGUGAAAUGGGACUUAGCCUCUGAGCGUGGCCUGUCGCCUGCCCUGAACUGUGGCCACUCGUUGCGGACAGUAACUGUUUGCUUACCGUAGUGUCUUUCACCUUUAGUGGUUCAUUAUGGAUUCGGAAUACUUGGAAAAUAGUAUCAACGGUUCUAUCAAUGACUCGGGUGGAAAUACUACUUAUAACCAUUCUGAAGGUUCACCAACUGUAAAUGGAAUAUCUAAUGGUUUAUCUGAAAAACAUAAGAAAAAGGAACAUAGAGACGAUAAACAUAGAGAUCGGCAUAAAGAUAAACAUAGGGAUAAGGACAGGGAUAGAGAGAAGCAUCGAGAUAAAGAGAGAGACAGAGAGAAGGAUAAAGACCGUGAGCAUAAACACAGCUCCUCUAGUAGCCAUAAGGACAAGUCUAAGGACAGUCACAGUAGUAGUCGUGACAAAGACAAAGAAAAGCACAGAGAUAAAGACAAAGACCGCCAUCGUGACGAAAAAAGAGACAAAGAACAUCGUAGCAGUUCCUCGUCACAUAAGGACAAAGACAAACAUAGUUCGUCUAAUUCAUCUUCCUCGAAAGACAAGGAUAGAUCACACUCGUCAUCUAAGGAUAAAGAUAAAGACAAAGAAAAGAGCUCUAGCAAAGAUAAAGACAGGUCUGACAGAGAUAAACAUCGUGAAAAAGAUAAAGAUAGGUCUAAGCAUAAUGGGGAUAGAAAACACAGCAGCAGCAGCAGCAGCAAAGAUAAAGAUAAGGAGAGGGAGAAGAAGGAUAAAGAAAGAAGCAAAGAAGCCAAACCAAAGAGAGAUGAAUUUGAAGAGUCUGAUGAUUUUCAGCAGAGUAAAGUGUCAGAAGAAGAGUCUGUUGCGGUUAAAUCUGAACCAGAAGACAUCAAAGAAGAGCCGAUCGAUGAUAGUUACUUAAGCGAGGAUCAGAACUCUAGUUUUAAUAACCUCACUAUAAAAGAGGAGGAAGAUGAAGAUGAGGCGGAAGAACCACAAGAGGAUUCUGAGGAUGAUGCUCCUUUAUCUUCUCGAGCCUCAAUUAUCAAGAGAGAAAUUAAAUCAGAAGACGAGGAAGAAGAUAUUCCUUUGAGUGCUAGAAAAAAAAUUAAAAAAGAAAAGACAGCGAAAAGGAAAAAAGAAUCUGAAGAUGAAGAAGAAGAUGAUGAUUUUAAACCUGCAAAGAAAAAAUCUUCUGUUACAAAAAAAACCAAAGUAAAGACGGAAGUCCAGGAAGAAACUAGUCCUAGGAAAAAGAAAAAACAGGAAGAGGAACAAGAAGUUUGGAAAUGGUGGGAGGAAGAGAAAAGACCAGACGGAGUGAAGUGGACAUUCCUGGAGCACAAGGGACCAGUCUUCGCUGCACCGUACGAGCCUCUACCGCCUGAGGUUAAAUUCUUUUACGAUGGUAAAGAGAUGAGACUGUCAGAAGAAGCUGAAGAAGUUGCUACCUUCUACGGCCGAAUGAUUGAGCAUGAAUAUACUACUAAAGAAGCAUUCAAUAAAAACUUUUUUAAAGAUUGGCGUAAAGUUAUGACACAGAAGGAAAAGGAUAUCAUCACCGAUUUGAAAAAGUGUAAUUUUAAACAGAUCAAUUCCUACUUCCUGAAGAAAUCAGAAGAACGGAAGGCUAUGAGCAAGGAGGAGAAAAAGGUCUUAAAGGAGAAAAAUGAAGAAAUGGUGAAAGAAUACGGCUUCUGCAUAAUCGAUGGACAUAAAGAAAAGAUUGGAAACUUCAAAAUUGAACCUCCUAGCCUGUUCAGAGGCCGAGGGGAGCAUCCCAAGAUGGGGAUGUUGAAGAGGAGAGUGCAGCCAGAGGAUGUACUUAUCAAUUGCAGCAAGGAUUCAAAGAUCCCAAAACCACCCGAGGGCCACAAAUGGAAAGAAGUGCGACAUGAUAACACGGUGACUUGGCUGGCCAGUUGGACUGAAAAUGUUCAAGGCCAGGUGAAAUAUGUGAUGUUGAACCCAUCGUCCAAGUUGAAGGGCGAGAAGGAUUGGCAGAAGUAUGAGACAGCGAGGAAGCUGGCUCAUUCUAUCGAUAAAAUAAGAAAGGAUUACAGAGAAGAUUGGAAGUCAAAGGAAAUGAGGAUCCGUCAAAGGGCCGUCGCCAUGUAUUUUAUUGACAUAUUGGCCUUGAGAGCGGGUAACGAAAAAGAUGAAGAUCAAGCCGACACUGUAGGUUGCUGUUCUCUUAGGGUAGAACAUAUCACACUUCACAAUGAAAAAGAUGGUAAGGAGUACGUUGUAGUAUUUGACUUCCUUGGUAAAGACUCUAUCCGAUAUUAUAAUGAAGUUCCGAUAGAAAAGAGGGUUUUUAAGAACUUACAACUGUUCAUGGAAGGGAAGAAGGGAAGCGACGAUCUCUUUGAUAGGCUCAAUACUAGUAUUUUAAACAAACAUCUGAAUGAGCUGAUGGAAGGAUUAACUGCAAAGGUGUUCCGUACUUACAAUGCUUCCUGGACAUUGCAACAACAAUUGAAGGAGCUCACGGACCCUAACUACACAGUUCCAGAGAUGGUUUUAGCUUACAACAGAGCCAAUAGAGCUGUUGCCAUUCUUUGUAACCAUCAGCGUUCCGUUCCUAAAACACAUCAAAACUCCAUGGAAAAGCUUAAGGAGAAGAUAUCGGCUAAAAAGGAUCAGAUAGAAGAAGCUGAGAAGCAGUAUAAAUACGCUAAGAAGGACGCAAAGAAUGGUUCUGCUAAAGAGAGGAUAGUAGCGGAUAAGAAAAAGAAGGCACUUGAUCGGUUACGAGAACAACUUACUAAGUUGGAAGUGCAAGAGACUGACAGGGAAGAGAACAAGACGAUAGCCCUGAGUACCUCCAAGCUGAAUUAUCUUGACCCUAGGAUAUCGGUCGCUUGGUGCAAAAAGUACAACGUACCAAUUGAGAAAAUCUAUAACAAAACACAACGUGACAAAUUCCGAUGGGCUAUUGACAUGGCAGGUCCAGAUUAUGUUUUUUAACGAUAUGAAAGUUCUCUUUGGUUGACUAUUAUACUGUGUAAAAAUAUGUUGUGUGUGUAUAUACACACACAAAUUUAUCAUCUAAAAGUAUUGAAUGUUUUUUUUUUUGACUUUCUGUACAAGAUUUAUUUUUAUGAUAAAACGUCUUUCUGUCUAAGUUUAUUACCCCUAUGUGGGAAGACCUAGAAUAUUUGUGUAAAAAAAAAGAAAAGAAAAAAAAACGAAGAAAAAAAUUAUAUAACAGUUUGCAAGAAAAUUUAUUCGAGAUUCGGUAAAAAGCCUGUUAGAUAGUUAGAACGACCGGGUAGGUAUUUGAAGGCAAUGAUGUUGAUCCAUUGUAUAGUGUGUUGUUUUAUAAUUUAAUGUAUAAUGUAAUUUUUAAUUUAAAAAAAAAAAAGAAUGUAAUACUUAGUGUGGCAUUUUUAUACAUUUCAAAUUCUCAUCUGGUAAAAGUAGAAAAGUGUACUACGUGGUAGUAGGAUGUUAUUUAUAAAGUUUUAUUAUCUAUUUAUUGUUUUAUUUAUUGUGUCAAAAUCCUCAUUGUAAGGAUUGGAUGCAAAUUUUGUUAAAAGUUUUAUUUAGUUUUUUUUUUUUUUUUAAUUUUAUUUAUAAUGGAAGUUGGAACUUGUACAUAAUUUAUGUAUGUAUGUUAGAGUAAAUCCAACCUAUCAACGCCUAGGGAUAUUUUAGUGUAAAUUUUAUUAGGAAAUUUUUAUAUUAUAUGUAUGAACAUUACAGACAUUGUAAAAAUUUAAGAAAAAAAAUAUUACUUAAAAUUUAGAUAUUAAAGCACAAUAUAUAUUCUAAGUUAAAGAAAAAAAAAAAAAUUAAAAAUAAUAAAGAAGUAAAAUUGGAUUGUAUUUAAUUAAAAGAAUGGAAUUUCAAAUAAAAAGAAUUUGAUUUAUUUUACGGAUUUAAUGAACUUGUUCUUAAUUUCCAGUUAGAUACGUAUUACAUUACAGUUUCUCUAUUUAUUAGAGGCAUGUUCAUGAGGAUUAAGUUUUACCUCUAUGAGGUUAGUUAGUAAUCAGUCCAGAAUUUGGAAUUUUUAUUUAAAAUAAUUUUUUUUUUGUAUAAAUAAAAACUCAAUAGAUACAGAUUUGCUUAUAUAAUGCUCUUUCACUAUACGCAGUGGGAUGAACUUCUCAUAAUAUGCAGUGCAUAAAGGAAAGGGGGAAAGGUUGCAUGAUAUAAACAAUUUAUUUAGGGAUAUAUCGUUGAAUGUAGAAAUUAUAGAGAUGUGUGCAAUCAAAUAUUUCUUUAUUGAGUUUGCCAACAUUUCAACCCAAACAUGUGGGUCAUCAUCAAUGAUUUGAUGGCCGAAUAAUAAUUUUGAGUUCUCUCGAUGACCCAUAUGUUUGGGUCAAAACGUUGACAAACUUAAUAAAGAAAUUUUUGACUGGACAAUUUUUCAUGACAAUUUUCAUGAUUUCAUGACAAUUCCUGACAAUUUUUCAUCCUUAAAAAACAAAUUGUUCUUCAUGGCUCAGAUCAAGAAUAUUAAUCUUUAUUAUAUCGUAAAAAUUUUAAUUAUAUUUUUAAACUCAUUACACUACAAUUUAAACUAUUAGAAUGGUGGUUAAAUAGUUUACUGUAGACGAUAUGAUUGGGAUUUUAUAUUUACGUAUCGCUGAGAAAAUAGUUUAUGUGUGUGUGUAUGCUGUGUACUAAUAAAUUAAAACUAAGUAGUGAAUAAAAAUUAUGUUGGUGUUAAAUAAGUAUAAGUAGUUAAUUUUUUAAAAGUUGAAGGCUAAUGUACUCCAUGAUAAUACAUGAAACUGUUCGAUAUAUUAGGCUACCAUGUCUAAGUAAUGAGAAAAAAUUUGACUAGUGAAAAUAAGCAGUGAAAAAUAAAAUUAGUAAUUAAUGAGUGAAAAAUAUGUUAUAUUUAAGACAUUUAAAAAUCAAAUAGGAAGUUAUGGAGUAAAUCCAUAAGUAGUCUACUAAUAUGUAAAAUAGUAGUGGGAAAUAAAAUAAGAAAUUAUGGUAACAAAUCAUAGAGAUAUAAGUUUUUAAAAACUCUGUAAAAUACUCCAAUUUUACAUACGACUUUUUUCGCACUAACAUUAGCGAUAUUGUCCAUUCAUUAAUUAUUAUUACUAUUUUUUACUACUUAUUUUGUCUAAUCAGUUUUAGGUUUAAGUCUAAUUAUUUGUUCACUAUAUCACUGACUCCUAUGUCCUCUUAUAUUAUUUUAAAGUGUACUGCUUAUAAUAUUUUUCAUGCCUCGCCAUUAUAUAAGAGGGGGAACACACAAAAAACGGAAUUUCGUCAUAGCUUCCUUAUUGCUUAAUAUUUUUACACCAAAUUUUGAUCGCCUUCGAAGUAUUCUCCCUUGACCACAACGCACCUCUCCAAACGAUCCUUCCAUUGUUCAACACAUUUUUUUAAUUCACUUAUCGGGAUCUUCUCUAGGCCUUCCAGCGAUUUUUUUUUUACCUCCUUGAUAGUGGCUAAACAUUUGCCUGUCGUGUCCCUUUUGAGUCUGGUGAAAAAUCGGUAUCAUCCCGUUUUUUGUCAAAAAUUUCUUUACGGAGAGGGCGGUGAGACUUGCUAGUUGUCAUGAUGGAACAACCAGUCGCCUGAGCUCCCAAGAUCUGUCCAUUUCUUCUGGAUUCUUUCCCUCAAUCUUUUUAAAACCUCCAAGUAGAACUUAUGGUUGACAGUUUGAGCCGGGGGAAUGAACUCCGCGUGCACAAUACCUCUGCAAUCGAAGAAACAAAUUAGCAUCGUCUUGAUGCCUGACUUCAAUUGGAACGAGUGGAGCCAGCUGGCUUGAUUGUCACUUUGUUUUGGGUUUUUUCCCUUAGCACCACGAUUCAGCAUCAGUAAUCACCUUGGGAAAAAAAAUCGGGGUCCACUUUGAGCUGACUUUGAAGCUCAAAACAUGCCUGAAGGCGAGGGACAAAUUUGGCUGCAACUCUUCUCAUGUGCCAGUCUUCGGAUAAAAUCCUCUGUGUUGAACUCCAUGAUAUUACAGACAUCUCGCAGAGUUGAAUGGUUUCGUCACUUCUUGACGUUGAGGGGCGUCCUGUUAAGGGUUGGUCUUUAAUUGACAUUUCUCCAUUUUUAAAAUCCUCAACAGGAAACAAAAUUUCACAGCUGUUGCUCUCGAUAAUCGCCUAUCACGUUUUCGGUGAAAUGGAAAAAGUGGUUUCACUAAAAUAAUUCUAAUCUGCACUCACAGCGACACAACUUCGCACACUAAGGAAAUGUGUCCCCGCUGUGCCCCGAUUCCCAUUACUUUUGGGUCCUUCCUCACAUUUUAUUUUGUCUUACACAACAUAAUUUUUAUUCACUUAUUAUUUAUUUAUUAAUAGAUAUUAUAUGUAUAUAUAUUUUAUUUCUUUGUCUUUAUCUUUAUUAAUAUCUGGUUAUUUUCUUGCCAACAUGUUUUAUUUGGUUGUUAUCUUGUCUUUCCUCUUAUUAAAAUUAAGUCCAGUACACUUUUUUUUUUUUGCACAUCUUGUACUGGUCCCUUUGUGAUCUAGGUCUCAAAGUCUACCCUAAUAACUUCAAAAUUUAUUAAUUGUGGCUUCGAUUCC